AUGCAAACCCAGGGCACGCCAGGCACACCAGCUGGAAGCGGUGAAUGUAACUGUGUAGCGUGCAAUGAGCCCGAUUCGGCGGGAAACAUGGUGCAAUGUGACCAUUGUAAUAGUUGGUGGCAUAUGACGUGCGCCGGAGUAACCGACUCAGUCGCAGACCGACCGUGGACAUGUCGCAGAUGUUUGCCGGAAAUCGUAUCGAUUCAAUCGAACUCUACUGUCAGGAAGCUCCGUCUCGAUCUUAAGCUCAAGCAGCUGGAGGAGCAGCGAGCCGUAGAACAAAAGUUUGUAGAUGAAAAGUAUAAGCUUCUGAAUAGCCAUCUGGAAGAACCCGACGAGUCUGCCAGUCAACGUGGAAAGGUUAGUCGAGUGGAGAAAGUCGAGCAAGUUAAGCAGUGGUUGAAAUGCAGUGCAGAUCAGACCGAAAGCGCGGAUACAGCAGCUUCAUCGAUAUUGCCGAGUGAACCACGAAAGCGAGAAGAGCGACUAUGUGAUCUGACCCGCACACAACACGUUGAUGAUCAAAACCAGGUGGCGAAACUCCGUUUACCUGAACAGCUGGAACUCUUGGCGGAACAACUGCGUCAACAGCAAACCUUCGCUGGAGAACGACGUCGGUCAUUAGAUAUGCAUCCCGAGCAGCAUAUGCAGCAGCCAGCACCCUCGUUGUGGAAAAUUUCACCAGAGUUUAACAAUAGUCGUUUGCAGAUGAAAAAGCAAACUUCUAUGUCAGGUAACGAUCAAGUUCCACACGUAAUCGAAACACUUCGUCUUUUAUACGGUCGCCCCGAGCUGCUCAUAAACGCACUGCUGGAAAAGGUUCGCGCUGUUCCUCCGCCGAAAGCAGAGAAACUAGAAUCUCUCAUCGACUUUGGAAUGGCGGUUCAAAGCCUGUGUGAUCACCUAGAAGCUGCUGAUCAACGUGCUCAUCUUUCGAACCCUUCUUUGCUCAUUGAACUAGUGGACAAGUUACCAGCGCAUGUGAAGAUGGAGUGGGCGUCACACUUGCAACGAUUUCCCGAAGUGGAUUUGAAAAUCUUUGGGGAAUUUAUGUCGGGUAUUGUACGAUCGGCCAGUCGAGUCACACUCUAUAGUGGUGGGUUCAGUCCAGAGGAAAAAUUCAAGGUAAAGAAGGGAGCAGUUCACUCGCAUGCCGAUGCCGAUGUUUCACCCGGGGUUAGCGCAAAUAUUGACAAGCCUUGUCUGGUAUGCAACCGCCUCAACCAUCGCUUGAAGGAUUGUGAUGUAUUUAAGUCGCGUAGGGUAGAAGAAAGAUGGCGUUUCGUCCAGGAUCGAGGCAUUUGUCGCAUCUGCCUGAAUUCACAUGGACGGAGAUCAUGUAGGAAUUCAAUUCGAUGUGGAGUAGGUGGAUGCCAGUUUCGUCACCAUCCUCUGUUGCAUUCAUCUCGUCCACUCUGUGCACCUACAACUGUAUCACCGGUACCCUCAGCUGAGAAUCACACGCACUCAAAUCCUUCGCAAUCCCUCUUCUUUCGCAUAGUACCCGUAACGCUGCAAGGGCAGGGUGAAGCAAUCGAAACAUUCGCCUUUCUGGACGAUGGCUCUUCACUCACUCUAAUCGAAGAGGGAUUGGUUCAGCAACUAGGUAUAGAUGGUACGGCACAACCUCUUUGUUUAAAAUGGACUGGAAAUAUGUCGAGAACAGAACAUCAAUCAAAAUUGGUACAGGUGGCCAUAUCUCGCAACGGUCAGCCGAAAAUGGUCCUACGAAAUGCUAGAACGGUGAAGUCGCUUUCGCUGCCAAACCAAAGUUUAGACUUCAAGAGUUUGUCAGAAAAAUACUUACAUUUUCGAGGCCUCUCAGUUCCCAGCUACCAGAAUGCAGUUCCCCGUAUCUUGAUAGGCCUGGACAAUCUCCGUCUGACGGUUCCGUUGAAAACGAAAGAAGGGUUUAUUGGCGAACCAGUCGCAGUAAAAACGAGGCUGGGAUGGUGCAUAUAUGGAGGGUCAGCUGUUGCUGGGAUAUCAAAGCAUUCGUUGAACUUUCAUACUUGCGAAUGUUCGAAUGAUGAAUCGUUGCACAACAUGGUGAAGGAUUACUUCUCAUUUGAAGAUGCAGGAACUAAACAAGAGUCUAUGCUUGUACCGGCGGAUGAACAAAGAGCCCUUGAAAUCCUAGAACGCACUACAAAGAAAACCGGUGAUAAAUUCGAAACGGGAUUGCUGUGGCGUUAUGAUUUUCUCGAGUUUCCCGACAGCUACAGAAUGGCGGUCAAACGACUCGAAUGUUUAGAGCGGCGCAUGGAGCGGGAUCCUACAUUGCGAGAAAAUCUUCGAGCUCAGAUUUCGAACUACAUAGAAAAGGGAUAUGCGCAUCGCGCCACCGAAGAGGAAUUGAAGAAAGCUGAUCCUAGACGGGUUUGGUAUUUACCUUUGGGGGUGGUGAUAAACCCGAAGAAGCCGAACAAGGUGCGAAUGAUCUGGGAUGCGUCUGCAAAAGUGAAUGGAGUCUCGCUCAACACAAUGCUUCUCAAGGGUCCUGAUCAGUUAGCGUCAUUACCCGCUGUGCUCUUCCGUUUUCGUCAAUUUCCCGUGGCAGUCUCGGCCGAUAUCAGAGAGAUGUUUCACCAAAUCUCUAUACGUAAGGAGGACCGUCAUGCGCAGAGGUUUCUAUGGCGAAGCGACCCGUCGCACAAACCGGAGGUGCUUUUCAUGGAUGUUGCGACAUUCGGCUCGGCUUGCUCGCCAGCAUCAGCGCAGUAUAUAAAAAAUAAGAAUGCGAUGGAGUUCGCCAGCAAAUACCCGAGGGCCGUAGAAGGGAUCACUAAAAACCACUACGUGGACGAUUUUCUCGACAGUUUCGAGAGCGAGGAGGAGGCAAAGGAGGUGUCUUGCCAAGUCAGAAUGAUCCACGCCAUAGGAGGGUUUGACAUUCGCAAUUGGCAGUCAAACAGGGAAGCGGUUUUGAAUAUACUAGGGUCAGAAACUUCGCAGGAGAACAAGAACCUGAAUCUGGAAAACGCGGAAGGAUUGGAACGGGUUUUGGGACUUCUAUGGGUUCCAAGCGAAGAGGCAUAUGCUGCUGUGGCCUAUCUCCGGACGAUUAACACCGAAGGUGAACCAGAGUGUACGCUGGUUUCGGCGAAAACAAAGGUCGCACCACUAAAACCGAUGUCGAUCCCGCGCCUAGAGCUGCAGGCGGCCGUCCUUGGAGUGCGCUUGAAGCGUUGUAUUAUUGAAGGACAUACUAUUCCCAUUUCGAGAUGCGUUUUUUGGUCCGAUUCCAGCACAGUUCUUGCUUGGAUCCGAGCAGAUCAUCGUCGUUACAAGCAAUUUGUUGCCUUCCGUAUCGGCGAAAUCCUUGAUUCUACAGAAGUGAACGAAUGGCGGUGGGUACCAUCCAAGCUCAACCCGGCGGAUGCUGCGACGAAGUGGGGAAAGGGACCGCAAUUUGACAUGAAAGGCUCGUGGUUUCAAGGACCAGAUUUCCUUAAAGAGGAUGAAGAAAGGUGGCCAAAGUGCCAUAUACUUGCACCGACUACGGAGAAAGAAAUGCGGUCCCUUCAUCUGCAUCAUGGAAUAGCACUACCCAUUAAGGUGAUUGAUGUCGGAAGAUUUUCGAAAUGGAAUCGCAUUCUACGUACAAUGAGCUACGUUUACCGCUAUCUUGGGAAUUUGCAUCUAAAAGUAAAAGGCCAGGCUCCGAUUUCUGGGCAUCUUACUCAAGACGAAAUGAGAAAGGCUGAGAUCUCGUUAAUUAGAAUGGUACAGUGGGAGACCUUUCCCGACGAACUGGUCACACUCACCCAAAAUUCGAAGGUUCCGUUGGAAGAGCGAAAGCCGAUCGAAAAAAGCAGUGCCAUCUACCAGGAAUCACCAAUGAUAGACGAAUUCGGAAUUCUUCGCAUCGAUGGUCGAAUAAAGUCAGCCGAAAGUGCACCAUAUUCUGCUAAAUUUCCCAUCAUUCUCCCCAAACAACAUGAAUUAACAAAAUUAAUCAUCAACCAUUAUCAUCAUAUCUAUCGACACGCCAAUUCAGAAACCGUAUUUAAUGAAUUGCGACAACGAUACUAUGUACCCCAACUACGGGCCGCAGUGAAGAGGGUAGCUAGAGAUUGUCAAUGGUGCAAAAUAUCAAAGACUCGUCCAAAGGUUCCGAUGAUGGCUCCUCUCCCGGGUGCACGACUGGCGUCAUUUGUCCGUCCGUUCAGUUACGUGGGCCUUGAUCUUUUUGGCCCCCUGCUCGUGAAGGUGGGAAGAAGUCAGGCUAAGAGAUGGGUGGCAUUGUUUACAUGUUUGACCAUAAGAGCAGUCCACGUCGAACUAGUUCAUAGUCUAACUACAGAAGCCUGUGUGAUGAGUGUCCGUCGCUUCGUCAGCCGGAGGGGUGCACCCAUAGAGAUUCACUCCGACAACGGCACUAACUUUCAAGGAGCAAGCCGCUUGCUGCAGGAUCAGAUUAGCAAACUCAAUGAAGAGUUAGCAGCCACGUUUACAAAUUUAGCGACGAGAUGGAUGUUUAUACCACCAGGUGCACCUCACAUGGGUGGGCCCUGGGAGCGGAUGGUACGAUCGGUAAAAACAGCGAUUCGAAUUGUCAACUCGAGACCGCUAACGUACCUCCCGUUGGACUCCGAAGAACAGGAAGCUCUCACUCCUAAUCACUUCCUUCUUGGAAGUUCCAGCGGAGCAAAGCAACCAGUAGUGGAACCUAUAAACACAACAGCAGCACUCCGAAGUUCCUGGAAUCAAAUUCAACAACAAGUGGAUACUUUCUGGCAUCGAUGGGUGCGCGAGUAUCUGCCAACACUCACACGACGUACUAAGUGGUUCGGCGAUGUGAAACCGAUCGCAGUGGGGGACUUGGUGUUCGUGGUGGAUGAUGUUAGAAGGAACGGUUGGAUCCGGGGACGUGUGCAACAUGCAGUGACGGGGCAAGAUGGUCGAGUGAGACAGGCUGUGGUACAAACUAGUAAAGGUCUUAUGCGUCGUCCAGUAUCGAAGCUGGCACUGUUGGAGGUGUCUCAAACCAGUAAAACUGAACCCGGAACUGCCGGUACCCAGUGUUACGAGGGGGAGGAUGUUGGAUACUGGGCGCCCUGUCCGAUCACUCAUAAAUGCACCACGAGGGUUUAG